AUGAACAAAGAGUUUAGCAGCAUUGUGAAGGUUUGGGAAGCAGCAGUUAGAAAAUCAGCUGGUCCAAAGAAAAGGGCAAACAGCAUCUUCACACCAAUGUCUGUUGCCCAUGUUGAUGAUGAUGUUUACCAUGUUGAGAAGAUUCUCUCCAAUGGUGAUUUCUACACAGGUCAAUUCCUCAACAAUUAUCCAAAUGGUCAAGGUAAGUAUCUAUGGACAGAUGGUUGUAUGUAUGUUGGUGAAUGGCAAAAAGGUAAUAUCAUAGGUAAAGGUAGGUUUAGUUGGCCAAGUGGUGCUACCUAUGAAGGUGAUUUCAAGAAUGGUUACAUGGAUGGUAAAGGAACUUACAUUGGUUCAUGUGGUGAUACAUAUAAAGGUUGUUGGGUUAGUGAUAUGAGAAAUGGUGAAGGUACACAAAGUUAUCAAAAUGGUGAUUUUUAUGAUGGAGAGUGGAGAAAAGGGUUGCAAAAUGGGCAUGGUAGGUAUCAAUGGAGCAAUGGGAAUCAUUACAUUGGUCAAUGGAGGAAUGGUUUGUUUAAUGGGAAUGGUACUUUGAUGUGGAAUAAUGGAAAUAGUUAUGAUGGUUGUUGGGAAGAUGGUUUUCCUAAAGGUGAUGGUACAUUUAGGUGGUGUGAUGGUAGUUUCUAUGUUGGUGUUUGGAGUAAAGAUUCAGAGGAACAAAGUGGGACUUAUCACCCUUGUGAUGGUGAUGGUGGUGAUGAUGAUGAUGCUCAUUGUGAUUGGGAUCCUAUGGAGAUUUUCAAUGUUGAAUUGAAUGAUUGUGUUGUUUGUGGUUGUGAGAAAGUUUCAAUUUUUCCAUCACAGAAGAAUUUGAACAUGGUUGGUUUUGAGGAAGGUAAUAAUAAACAGUCAAUAUCUAAGAAAGGUACUGAUGUUAAUGGAAGGCCUAAGUGGAUGUCAGGGGAUGAAAGGGUUAGUAAUUAUAGUUCUGAAGAUGGUUCUUAUGCUAGUUAUGAUGGAUCAAGAAGUCCUCAGAUUGAUAAUUUUGCUCCUAGAGCUCCAAAAUUGAGAUUAAAGGCUCCUAAGAGACAAGGAGAGACUAUAUCUAAAGGGCAUAAGAAUUAUGAACUCAUGCUUAAUUUGCAGCUAGGUAUCAGACAUGCUGUUGGAAGACCUGCUCCAAGUACAUCUCUUGAUUUGAAGUCUUCUGCAUUUGAUCCAAAAGAAAAAGUAUGGACUAAAUUUCCACCAGAAGGAUCCAAGCACACGCCGCCUCACCCGUCUUGCGAGUUCAGAUGGAAGGACUAUUGUCCAGUAGUGUUCAGGGCUCUAAGAAAAUUGUUCAAAGUAGAUCCAGCUGAUUACAUGCUAUCAUUAUGUGGGAACGACGCCCUUCGAGAACUCUCAUCCCCUGGAAAAAGUGGAAGCUUUUUUUAUUUGACAAACGAUGACCGCUACAUGAUAAAGACCAUGAAGAAAUCAGAAGUAAAAGUUUUCUUGAGAAUGCUUCCUGGUUACUACAAACACGUUCGCGCAUUCGAGAACACUUUAGUCACAAAGUUCUUUGGCCUUCAUUGUGUUAAACUACCAGGAGCUUCACAGAAGAAGGUUCGAUUCGUCAUCAUGGGAAAUCUAUUUUGUUCGCAAUACGCCAUCCAUAGGCGUUUUGACUUGAAAGGUUCAACGUUUGGUCGUACAACUGAUAAAUCUGAGGAUGAAAUAGAGCCUACAACAACACUUAAGGACUUGGAUCUAAAUUAUAUAUUCCGGUUGCGAAAGUCUUGGUUUCAAGAAUUCUCCAGGCAAGUGAAUAGGGACUGUGACUUUCUUGAACAGGAGAGAAUUAUGGAUUACAGUAUGUUGGUUGGCCUUCAUUUUCGAGGAAUAUCAUGUAGCGAAGCCGGUACACCUGCUCGCAGUUCUGGCGCUCAAACUCCAACUGGUAAUUUUAACUCUGACGAUGGAGCGCCUCGUCUUUCUGGAGUCGAUAUGGAUCAUAUCGUAGUCGAUCCUAGUCGGUGGAUUCAAUUAGGCAUUAACAUGCCAGCGCGAGCCGAAUCGGCUACACGAAGAAGUGUUUGUGACGCUCCUCAACUGGUUGGAGAACCAACGGGGGAGAUAUACGAAAUUAUCAUAUUUUUCGGUAUAAUAGACAUAUUACAAGACUAUGACAUUAGUAAAAAGCUUGAGCAUGCUUAUAAAGCAUUUCAAUAUGAUGCAACCACAAUCUCAGCCGUUGAUCCAAGACUAUACUCAAGACGGUUUCGCGAGUUCAUCUUCAGAGUUUUUGUAGAGGACACUUGAGUGAGGGAUUAGUUUUCAUUAAAAUGGUUAUCAAUGAAUAUUAGUUGGAGGGUUUUUGUGAUUCACAUGUUACACAAUUCUUAAGUUUGUUUAAUUUUCCCUCCCUAUAGUUUGUUAAUUUUAUUUUAGUCACAGCUAAUGUAUGUUGUAGUGUUAGAUGUUGAGAGUUACUAAAGCCUUUUUUCAAUUGUAAAUGAAUCAAAAGAAAAAAGGGUAAACAACAUUGGAAUUUAUUCAUUUUGUACAUAUGAGGUUGAUGAGACUUGAGAGUAUCGACUAUUUUUUAUGUACACUUAAAGUAUUAAUCAUCUUUAUCAUGUUCUAAUGGGA